CGGGCGGAGAGUCAGUCGCGCGCCGACCGCGGCCCGUGUCCGUGCAGCCAUCUCGGGCGGCCUCGCAUGCCGCGCCCGCGCGCCCGCUAGCGCCGGGCUGGCCGCCGCGCGCAGAUGUGCAGCCUGGCGGCGCUGGCGCGCGGCUGCCGGCCCGCGGCCAAGCCGUGCUGUCUGUGCUGGUGCUGCUGCUGCUCCUGCUCCUGGGCUAAGUGUCUGGCGGCGCGCGGCUCGGAGGCCGGCCCCGGCAAGAAGCCCCCCGAACCGGGACCACAGGAACCCCUGCUACAGGAAGGCGACGCGCCGCCAUCGCUGGAGGAGAUCCAAGGCUGGGGGCAGUCGUUCGACCGGCUGAUGCGGAGCACCGCCGGCAGGAAGGUGUUUCGUGACUUCCUGCGCGGCGAGUACUCGGAGGAGAACAUAAUGUUCUGGCUCGCGUGCGAAGAGCUCAAGCGAGAGACCGACCCCGACGCCGUCGAGGAGAAGGCGCGCUUUAUCUACGAGGACUACAUCUCUAUACUGUCCCCUAAGGAGGUUUCUCUCGACUCGCGGGUCCGAGAGAUCGUGAACCGCAACAUGGUGGAGCCCACGCCGCACACGUUCGACGAGGCGCAGCUGCAGAUCUACACGCUGAUGCACCGCGACUCGUACCCGCGGUUCGUCAACUCGCCGCUCUACAAGACGCUGGCGCGGCUGCCGGAGCCGUGACGCAGCCGCCGGCGCCGCCCCCGCGCGCCCCGGCGACCCCUCCCCUGUAAAUAGUUUCGAUAUACAUUCAUUUAAACGGGUACUAAUUUUGUACAUAGUUAGGUUAAGUGUGAGAGUAGAGACGGCGCGCACUCACCGCCGCCGCGGCCACUUCGCUGGUCCACCGCCAG